ACGGUCCUCGAGCGUUCCUCGAGCGUUUUAGCGUGGCACGGUUCUCUAGCGUUUUAGCGUAGCCUGUAUACAGGCCGGUUCCAAAGGCUUCGUGAAGCCUCUGGUAAAUCCCGGACAGUAGAUAUAUUUUUUACCCUGUCGUUCCCUCUUCUCUUAUCACGAACGCAGAGAAGACAAAUCCAGUCAAUCGAAAGGUGUCGUCACAGAGAACUGAUCCGAAAUAAGUAAAGACUAAAGAGUCCAAAAAAAGGUUUCAUUGCAUCGUUGAGCUAACAAUGCAGGGCAAAAUAACUCCAUUAUCAGAGCUCCGUCCCAUGAACACUCUGUAUAAUAUUCAUGUCAGGGUGUCAAGGACUUGGGAAUAUAGGGGCAAAAGUGAAAAAAAUCCUCUUAUCCAUUUUGACAUGGUGGUCAUUGAUCAAAAGGGUUAUGCGAUGUACUGUGAAGUAUCUCCAGAAGUUCUGCCUCAUGUGAAACAAUAUUUAGAAGAAGGAAAGGUUCUCUACAUAUGGAAAGCAUGUGUUGAACGGGCUAAGCCUGGGUACAGAGUUGUAGAUGCUCCUUACAUGUUAAAAUUGAUCAUGAGAACAGAAAUCUUUGAAGGAAAUAGCAACGACACAAGUUUCCCAAAGUAUGUAUUUUCAUUGACCCCAAUCGAAAUACUACCACAAUAUGCAAGAAGGACAGAUCGUUUCCUAGAUGUCAUUGGAAAAAUCACUGCCAUCUCAAAUGCAGCUGUAGCGCGUAACACAUCUGGAGACCUUAUGAUGCGUAGGCUAAUAACACUUCAAGAUCAUAAGGGAAACACAAUUGAUUUGUCACUUUGAGGACAAAGGGCUCUUGAAUUUGAUGCUGAGGCGGUCUUCGAUAUUGGUCAAAAUCAUCAUGUCAUAGCAAUUUUUGUGGGCACACUCAUGAAAAUAUAUCGAGAAGACUACAAAUUUCUCAGUGGAACUUCAGCAUGUAGGUGGUAUAUUAAUGAAAAUGAUAUACCAGCAAUGAGAACUUUUCAAAGAGGAUUGCCAUCUCAAGUGACACCAAUUCAAAAACUGCAACUCCAAAGCGAAGACUACAUGGAGCAAGGUGUCGAAGAAAAAACUCUGUUUGACCUCAAACAGAUAGAUCCUUUGAAUGAUAAGAACAAAAUAUUUCAGUGUACGGUCACACUGAUAUCUUUAGCAGAAAAAGAGCAAUGGUGCUACAGAGCUUGCAAAGUCUGCAACUCCACAUUAAUACUAGGCAAUGAUGGAUAUGACUGCACAAAAGAUGGCUGCUCAUGCAAGCAAUAUGAUUGGAAGUACAAAGUUUGUUUCAUUGCAGCAGAUGACACUUACAGCCUUCAAUUCAUGUUUUUCGAGAAAAAAGGGGUAGAACUCAUUGGAAAAAGUGCAGAGACCCUAAGGAAAAGGUAUGAUCCAAGCUCUAUUCCACCUGAAAUAGCACAAUGGAUUGGCCAUAAAUUCACUUUCAUAGUGAAAGUGCUAUUCAAAAGAAGUAUCAAAAGCAUUGAGCCUUCUUUUGAGGUGGUUAUGAUCAAAGAAAGACAUGGAAAACAAGCAACAUUACCAAACAUCAUACACGAUGUAUCAAAUGAAGAUCUGCCACCACUGGUAACAAUAUCAUCAAAGAAAAAGAUCGAACAGGCAUCAUUAUCAUGCACUCCUCAAUUCACAGAUAUACAAGACAUGGACAUAGACCACCAAUCUCAUGCUUGGGAUACCACAGAGAAACAUACCAAAUCACAGAACGAUGACGAUGAUGAGAACAAGCAUGAGAAACAGGCAAGGAAGAAGCUAAAAAUUAGAGAAACAGGCGAGGAAGAAGCUAAAAAUUAAGGAAUGAACAAAGGGCCAGACAACUAAUAGUAUGGAAACUAAACAGAGGGAUAUCUUGGUGUACAGGCAAAGGCAAAUAUGGACUGCUGCUUUGCUUACAGUUGUGCAUACAACUUUUGUUAACUAAUGCUCUUACUAUGUAACUUUUGGUCGAAAACAUGGCUUUUGACAGCCCAGAAGUUUUUUGGGCAACAUAGAACAACAUAGAUGAUGCAUAUCUACCUUUUGAGGAGGAAAAUCAUGUUCACUGCCUCUGCUAAGACGUGCUCUAUAUAUAUAUUACUUUCUGUAAUGGCAAGGUUGUAACCAAUAUGCUUUGUUGAGAAUUUAUCACCACCCACAAUGUUGCCAUAAUUCUUCGGAUACGCAACUAAACCUUAUUUGGUAAAUUAUCAUCCUGGUUGCUUAUUA